UGCUGCUGCUGCGGCUCAGUUGUGGUGGAGAUGGAAGAAAGUCCGGAUGAGAUUGAGGUUUGUAAAAUCUUGCUUGACCUCGGAAACAUGUUUCGCGAAUCAGUGUGCAGAUGGGGCUGUAAGCGGAGGAGAUCUAGCGGCGGCGGCGGCGGCGGCGAGUUCUCGGCAAGGAACAUUGUAAAAGUCUUGAGUCCUGACACCCCACUCUCCUUCUGCCCCACCACUGAAUCUGAUGACAACAAACACUCUCAGAAAAGGAGUAGAGAGGAAUGGAAGAGGGAAAUAGAGGGAUUAACACACUGUAAAGAAAUGCUGAUCCAGGUAAAAGUCCUUCAUUUUAUUAUUAUACGGAGUACUAGUUGAUUUUUUUUUACUGCUUGAUGUUUUUACAGCAAUUGGAGACUGUGAGAGUUCACUAUGAUACCCAGAGGCUUUACAAUCUCAAGUUGAAAGCAAUGAAGCAGGAGGAGAAGGUAUGGCUUGACCAUGAUGAUGAUAAAAUUUCCCAAACUGAGUAUUUUUCUAGAAACAACUCAAAACUGUCCUUAAUCGCAGCGGCGGCGGCAGCAGCAGUUAUUGACUUCUUCAUUCCACAAACAACAAGAGGCUUUUGUGAGGUUAAUUGGGCCAGCCAGAAGUGUAGCCCAACAGCUUCAAUAUCCAGUCAUUGUUGGCCAGAAGGAUUGGUUCUCUGCGCAGGGCUUUGCAAACAAUGGGUUCGGCCCUGAUCUGAACGCCGCCGCCGCCGCAGAGAGUAUGAAGAAGGCCAUGUAUGCUGAGGCACGGAGGAGCAGAAUGAACAAAUUGAAGAUUAGGGGAAGGAGGAGGCCAUAGUAUCAUGUUUCCUUCCACUUUUAAAUCCCUAGCUUUUUUAUUGUUUUCGUAGUUCGCUUCUCAAUGUGUAAAUCCUCAGUUUUGGUUUUCAAACACUUGAGUCAGUUCAUUAAUACCUGUACAAAAAAUGGCAUGAAAAUUUUGAGAAUGCUAAUCUCACUGUCAUCGGUCUUUUUUAGAAUGAUUUUCUCAUAUACGAGUAUUUCUUUUUUCAUUUUUC